AUGCUAGACCAUCUUUUCAAAGGGUCAUUCAAAAAGCAAGUCAAGUUCCUUCAAAUAAUUCGACAGAUGCAGGAUGGAGAGGCCUGUCCCACUCAAAACACACAACCCAACAUGGGUAGAGGCUGUCCCGUAAUGGCUACUCAUAGCACAGAUGAGAUGGAUACACAAGAGAUGCACACAAUUACAUUUCAAGUGCUAGAUGUUGAUGCUGCUACAAGUUCUCAGGCUGUUGGGAGACUCCCUGAUGUUUUUGUCCUCCCAACUUUUCCAAAAGAGCUUCAAGCAAAGCUGGAUGCCAAAGAGGAGGUGCAGAGAGUUCCACAAUACAGUCACAAAAUAAUACGAGUAUUGCAUGAGACUGUUGCCAUGUAUACUAUGUAUCCCACUCACGCAGAAUAUGUGAAGGUAGCCCAGGCAUUAAUCCAGAAAUACCCAUUCCUGAAGGAUGUUACAGGAAAUGGCUAUCAUACCUGGCACAUGUCAUUGAAGCGCAAAUUCAAGACUGAACGUCCAAAAUGAUGAAGUGAAACUGAUCAAAGAGAAGUUUGCCCAUGGAAAGAAGCCCAAGAAACCUGACGCUGAGAGUCCAAACACCUGUCUGAGAACCAAGCCACGAUCAGAACUUGAUGUUCUUGGAGAAGAUGCAUCAUCAAUUGCUGGUCACGUCAAGAUUCUACAAACACAAUACAGCAAGGCACAGCCAGACACUGCGAUUGUACGCGACCUAAUGCAGCGAACCUUUGCAUGGAGGCAAAAGGAGAUUGCUGAAGGAAUGAGUGUUGAGGAUACUGUGAAGAAAUAUCCCUUCUUAAAGACACCCUCAGGGCUGUUGGAGGAGGUGGGUCGUAUCCACUCAAUAGCGAGCAAUAGCUACACUGACACCUUUAACCAAAUUGUUCCCAAAAUACUUGCCCUGGCACAAGGAAAGUCUCCACUAGCCAAACAGUACUUGGAGGCCAGAGAAGAAGCCGAGGAUCUACCAGGAAUGGACUUCAGAGCAGCGCUCAUCCUCCUGCCAUUAAUCUUUAAAGACAAAAUGGUUUUGAUGUUGAAGGAUGUCUUGAACUUCAGCAGGUUUUACAGUCUAAUGAUUUUUUUUGAGGAAGCAUCAAAAGUUCUCUUCUCAGUUCAAACUGAAAGAAUAUUGCAAGUCGAGGUUAGAUUUGACCGAACCAGUUCAAUACACUUUAAGAGGGUCUACAGGACAUAAAAUAGGUAGCUUCUCCUAUGUUCCCAUUUCUGAUGUUUUGAAAAAAUAUUGUUCCCAUGAGGAUGUGUGGGAUGAUAUAGUCUCUGUAAAUACUGAAGAUGAACAGGUCUUGACUGACUUUUGUGAUGGAUUGUACUAUAAGGAGUAUCCUUUCUUUAAAUAAUAUCCAAAUGCCUUACGACUACAUUUCUAUGAGAAUGAAUUUGAGGUAGUGAACCCUUUGGGUUCAAAGAAAAAACACAAACUGUGCGUCUUCUACUAUACAGUAGGUAAUGUACAUGUAAGGUACAGGUCUCAAGUGAAGCAUAUUCAUUUAGCACUACUGGUGCGCUAUUUCCAUUUAAAGGAGUGUGGCUUAGAAGUUAUCCUAAAACCACUGCUAGAUGAUCUUAAAAUGCUCUCAACAGAUGGAUUGACCCUCACUGUUGGAGGGGUUGAGCAGAACGUUCGUGCAGCCCUAGUUACCUUUUCAGGGGAUAACCUUUCAGCUCACAUGAUUGGUGGAUUUGAUAUGUCAUUUAACUCAGGAAGGGUUUGUAGACACUGUAUGGGAACAUAUACAGAUAUAAAAGAGAAAUUUCAGGAAGAUAGUUAUGUCUUAAGAACAUCUGAUGUUCACCAGUAUCACCUGGAAUGUAUCCAGAAAAAUCCUGACAGUAGAGCAACGUAUGGGGUACAGUGUAGUUGUCCGUUUAAUGUGCUUCCCUAUUUCGAUGUUACUAAGUCCUUACCUCCAGAUGUAAUGCAUGAUCUGUUAGAGGGUGUCAUACCUUUAGUUUUGAAGCAUGUCCUGUGCCAAGCUCAUAAACAGAAACAUAUUAGCAUACAAGAAGUAAACGAAGAACUACAGAGAAUGACAAUAGGUCAAAAUGAUAGAGCAAAUAAGCCAGUACAGUUGUCUGAAAGACUAUUACAAAAAGGAGGCAUUGUGGGCUCGGCAUCUCAGAAAUGGUGCCUUUUUCGACUUAUUCCUUUUUUGAUCACACAUCAUAUUCCUCUUGAGUGUCAGUAUUGGCGUGUAUACCUGUUGUGUCGAGAAAUUGUAGAUAUCGUUCUAGCUCCCAUGGUGAGAAGAGAGAACCUUCCUCUUUUAGAUGAACUUGUGCAGGAAUUUUUGACUGAGUUGAACGCUGUAUUUGGAGAUGUUAUUACACCGAAGUGCCAUUAUUUAAUUCAUUAUUCUAUAUUGAUGUCAAUGUUUGGCCCUCUUCGUUCUCUAUGGUGCAUGAGGUUUGAAGCCAAACACCAGUAUUUUAAGAAUGUUGCAAGUAAUUGUCGUAAUUUUAUUAAUAUAGCUUCCACUCUGAGCAACCGGCACCAGUUAAAACAAUGUUGGGAGUUUUCUUCAAAUAAUUUCUUAGAUGAUUUUGAGAAGGUACCAAGAAGCAGUACUAGCACUCCAUUUUGUUCCUUACCAUUUACACUCCAGUGUGCUCUAGAGCAGUAUUUUACUGAUGUUUCUUUUAGUGAAGAUAAAGUUAUUCAACGUGUUUCAGAAGUAACCGUUAACAAUGUCAAGUAUGCCACACAAGAUGUUUUUGUAGUGGAUGUGUUGCAUGGUGAGAGAAUUCCUCUUUUUUCCAAGUGAAAUACAUUUUUAAUGUGGACACUACAUGGAUUCUUUGUGGAAAACUGAUAUUUCCAAAGUAUUUUAGCCAGCACUUUUAUGCUUAUUCAGUCAGAUUUGAACAAGAAUGGACUGUGAUACAGCCUGGGGCAGAGCUAGAUUUUAAUGCUCUUGAUAUA